CCCGAUUGGACAGCCGGCCUCCCCUCUCCGGCGGGGCGUGGUAUUGACCAAUCGGAGUGCCAGCUGCCGCGGCUGCGUGGAAAGUGGGUGCGAAAGGCGAGCUAAGGCCCAAAGCCUGGGGCUGGAUUUGUGCUGUGAUCCCGAGGGGGGGGGAUCGGCGGCCCAGGAUGGCUUCGGCGGCAGCAGCAGCAGCAGAAGGUUUCACUGGACUGGAGCGGAACUGCUGGGUAUGCUUUGCCACUGACCUUGAUGAUCGGUCUGCAGAAUGGGUAAGCCCAUGUCGGUGUAAAGGAUCCACAAAAUGGAUACACCAGGCAUGCCUACAACGAUGGCUGGAUGAGAAGCAGAAGGGGAACAGCACGGGUCGAGUGGCAUGUCCACAGUGCAACACUGAAUAUUUGAUUGUCUUCCCAAAGUUAGGUCCAGUUGUUUACUCCUUGCAUCAAGUUGACCGCAUUCUGUCCAAAGCCAGCCCUUUUGCAGCAGCCAGCAUUGUGGUGGGGACCGUGUAUUGGUCAGCAGUGACGUAUGGAGCAGUGACUGUAAUGCAGGUUGUCGGACACAAGAAAGGUUUGGACCUAAUGGAGCGGGCAGAUCCACUGUUCCUGCUGAUGGGCCUGCCCACCAUUCCUGUGAUGCUUAUUCUGGCCAAGAUGAUCCGGUGGGAGGACUUUGUGCUUCGCAUGUGGCGAAAAUACUCCAGCAAGCUGCAGGUUCUCAGUAACAUUUUCCCAGGUUUAGGAUGCCCCAUUCCUCGUGUACCAGCUGAGACGAGCUAUCAGAGUGACCACAUGUCCGUCUCCCGCAUCUUGUGUGGUGCCCUUGUGUUCCCCACAAUCUCCAGCAUGGUCGGCAAGCUCCUAUUCAGUGGUGUGCACUCCAAUCUCCAGCGAACUAUCUUGGGCGGGAUUGCCUUCAUUGCCAUCAAAGGGGCCUUAAAGGUUUACUUCAGACAACAGCAAUAUCUGAUCCAAGCAAACCGCCGGAUUCUCAACUACCCUGAGCAAGAAGAUGACCAGGAAGAACUCCAGGCAGGCUACGAGGACUCUGGAAGUGACUAAAGUGGUGAUUUGCUGAAAUUUGAGCAGGUGUGAGCUAAGAUAGACUGUUUUCACUUCAGCCCCUAAUGGAAUUGGCACUCUGGGACGUCACCAUGCUUCCGGAUAGCUGACCUCGAAUACAGCCCCAAUUGUUCUGGUCCCACUGGUUUCUUUUUAGACAUGGACUGAAUAUCUCUGCUCGUUUUUUAAUUGGCAUUACAUUGUUUAAUCUCUCUUACUACGUUUUUUUUCCAUAUUUCAAACUCCUCAGCACUUUCCUGCGAGUGGCCAGGGUCUCGAGCAGUGCCUUGCUUGAGACUUGCUGUGGACGUGUGACACCAUGACUUGGCAGGGCGUGAUUUCUCUGAUUGUAGGGUGCAGAGUUCUAAUUGUGCCCCCUUGGUGUCUGUCUGAAAGCUGGGAGAACCUGUAGGUUGAACAGCAUUCUCAUGGCAUUUGCUCGAGAGGAGAAAGCACUCAAUCUCAGGUUGGUAUGAAACGCCUGGCUGUGUAGAUUAUAAGAGAGAUGGACAUACAGUAUCAGAAACAUGGGUGGGAUCUGAAGUGAUCUCUGUGGACCUUCUAAGCAAAUUAGAUUCUUGGCAACUUUUAGUGCAGACUAAAAAUUCUUUUGCCAGGUCCUGUGAUAUUUCAGGCCACAAGGAAGAAGGAAAUGUAGUAACAAGUUAAGCUUGGCAUUCAGUGGAGUUUCACAAGCUUCUGCCCCACAGAGGGAAUUUUUAUGCUCUUGCAUGUGGCUGAAACCAGCAGAUCAAAAUAAGUGACUUAAUUUUAUAAAUGUAUAUUUAAAAGUUGGGUAGUUUAGUUUGUUAUUUUAAACCCACAGGAAAUAUUUAUUUUUAAUAGAAUUUUCUGUUUUCCCUGCUGUGGCAGCCCAAAUAAAUAGCCUGUUUAUGCAAAGCUACUUCUAAUAACAAAGAUUGAAUAAAAUUAGGCUUGUCAGUAAGUUGAAUUUAAUAAAAAAUGCCAGCUCUGAUUUGUUGCUUGCUUCUUCCUUUGGUAUUAAUGCUGUACCAGAAUGAGUCUUGUUAUCAGGGCCUCUUUCUCUCUUUCUGCUUAAUUUCUGUGCAUGUAGAUUGGCUAUUACAGCAGCUGUGCCACUCUGAGUUGACGAAUGAAGCAAGAGCAAUACCGUAACUUGUUGCCUGGUCUGCAGAAUCACAAAGCAGUAUAGAGUCUUUGUUCUCCCCACUACUGUGUCUGUUCAGGUAGUUUGGCAAUGCAUGGAAGGUGUGCCCCAGUUACUCUGGGGAAGCAAAUGGAGAAAACGACACAGAGGUAAGAGAUGGGCACUUUGAACUUGGCCGAGCCAUCUGAGUUCCUCCCAGUUCUGGCCCCUUUGAUAUCACUGAUUUUUCAUUGCCCCGUCAUUGACAACUGGGCUUUUAGCUGCCCAGGAUCUAAACUGUGGAAUUCACAUCCUGAGCUUCACUGCAUUUCCCCUGCUGCACUUCCACCUCACUCUCUUCUCCUUCAAGAAGCUUGUUAAAUCUUGUACCAAGCUUAUGCUCAUCUACCUGAAUUUCUUCUUUUGUCACUCCAUGGCAAACUUUGUUGCGUGUAACAUUAUUGUAUGUUUAGCCAUGUUAGAGGUGGUAUUGCAACCAAGUCGUUGCUGACAUGUCCGUGAAAUAUACCUUCCUUGUAGCUUUGACUUUUUCAUCCUAAACUCCAGAACAUGAAGUCAGCAGGGCUAUCCUGUGACUGGAUUGUUCCACUCUCCUCUGGAUUAUGUACAACAGUGAGCCACUGGUUUAUGAAUAUUGAUUUCCAAAAGCUGCUCAUGCUGAAAUAUACCAUGAUUUUAUUUGAAGCUAGUUCCCACUGUUUCCUAUUGCAUCCUGCAAAUUGCCUGUGGAAAGAACUGUCCAAAUUCCUGUGGGACUUUCAGUCUAAUGUUACUGUUUUAAAAAACAGACCGAAUGUCAAUUACCCAGUGAGGUCUUGAUGGAAAGUGAGCACCAGGGGUAUUGAUCAAUAAAAAAACUUGAUCUUCAAUAUGAUGUUUCCUGUGACCAGUCAUCUUACAGUCAGGAUGGGUAAGCCCAAUAGAGCUGAAUUUUUGCGAAUGUGCUGAUGAUGGCUAAGACCAAAAACAUUUUCACUUUCUCCACCCCCUACCGGGGUUCACAAGCUCAGUCAUUUAGCUCAUUCAGGAUUCCCCAACUUACGUCAUGUUGUCCAAUAAGGCCCACUGAUAUGUAGCGUUUUGUACAGCAUCUGUGCUGUAUACGUGACAAAUGACAACACCUUCUGGUUGUGGACCAUUUUAACUCCCCUUCCAACUCCCUGCGUGACAUGUCCAUCCUGGGCCGCCUCCAGCGUCACAAUGACACCACCUGCAAACUGGAGGAGCAGCUCCUCAUAUUCCGCCUCGGGAGCCUAGAGCCCGAUGGCCUAAACGUGGAUUUCACCGGUUUUAAAAUCUCCCCACCCUGGCCUCAACCCAUGUCCAAGCCUCCCUCUCAUCCCUGCCUCCUUGACCUGGCACAACCUGUCCAUCUUCUUUCCCACCUAUCCGCCCUUCCCACUUCACUAAACAAUCCCCACCUAACUUCCCCUACCCCUCCCCUCCUCUCUCUCUUUAUUUCUGAACUCCCUUCCCCCUCCCCAUUUCUGAAGAAGGGUCCCAACCCAAAAUGGCAACUUUCCCGUUCCUCUCAUGCUGCCUGGCCUGCUGUGCUUCUCUAGCUCCGUACUGUGUUACCACUGACUCGUGUCUGUUUUUAUUGAUGUUCACCUCUUUGAUUUCUCCCAAAAGUGUUGCGUUUAAGAUGCUGAUUUACAAAGGUCAUUGCGUCAUUGCACAACACACCAAAGGCCUCCUUCAGUUCCGUAACCCAAUGUGUAUCUUUGCCUCAUCAGCUCCUCGUUGCCCCUCAAUCAGUGGCAAGGCCUUAAGUCAGUUUAGCUGAUCAUCUAGAAGUCCCUUUCUUUUCAAAUUCACUGUUGACUUUAAUGUUUCCAUUAAACCAAAGCCUUUUGACCCUCCUAAAUCUCUUCUGCAUAUAUUCCACCACAUAUGUUUUGACCUACUUUGGUUUCCUGGUACCUAAAAUCCUCAGUUCUUGUUAUAGUGUUCGCUCCAGUUACCACCUCACCUUGCUUCUUCCAGUUCUGUGAUUUAUCCAAACCUUUCUCCUUCCCAGACACAUUCCAAAAGAAUGCACUAUUCUUUGGUAUGAACUCUUUUUCGUAACAUGACUUGAAAUGUUAACUCUGUUUCUUUCUACAGAUGCUCCAGACCUGCUGAAAGUUUCCACUAUUCUCUGCAUGUGUUACAGCUUUCUUGUAUCUACGUAUUUUAGCUUUACAGUAUUCCUCCAAGUUUGCUUUUAAUUCUCACUAUUUUCUACCCCGUCACUGCAGGAUGAGCAGUCAGGCCCUCAAAUAGGCUUUGCUCCAGGUUCUGGAAUUUCUUGCACACUCCUUCUGCUUCUGUGCCCUGUCAAAACCACUUUUUUUUUUCCUUAAGAAUGAAGUCUCUAUUCAACCAAAUCUUCAAUUGUUCCUCCUUCAGUAAAUGUCACUUCUGACUGAUGACGAGCUGCGUGUGUAUCUUUGUGAACAUUGGGUGUAUCAUUUGCUGCUUCCCAUUUUAAAGAUCAGUUUAUCCCUGUUCACAAUGGACUCUAACCUGAAGGAAGAGGGGACAGACUGAGAUUGGUGAGAACUUGAGUAACGGGAAAUGGGUCAGAACAGGAAGGAAUGGGUGUAGAAUGCAUACUUCAAUUAAAUGACUGAAAACAAAGCACGUUACAAGUCGCAUCAACAGCGGGGUUUCAAGAUCAUGUAUAUUAUGCAUAAUUUGAUUUGAUUUUGAUUUUAUUGUCACGUAUACUCAAGCACAAAAUACAGGAGUAUGGUGAAAACUGUAUAAUGUCGCCACACAAGGCGCCAUCUUUGGUCCAAGUACCUAGAUACAGAUUCUGAGGAAAGGGGUAGAAAGAAAGAAAUAACAAAGGUAAAAGUUAAACAUUGCAGUAAUUACAAUAUAGUGUAAAACAUACAAAAUACGGUUAAAAGUUACAUUGCAGAUCUUCUUAGUUUUAAGUUAAAAAUAAAGAAAGCUGAAAGUUUAAACAUUAUAGUCUUUCUUAAGGGCUUAGCCAUAGUGGGACCACACUUUGAGGAAUCACGUCAAGUUCGAAGUGUCAGUAGUUAGUUAUACUUCGUUUAAAUUGCAGAUAGAAAGUUACAUUUUCUGGCUUGUGUUUGGCCACCCCCAUUGUUGAGAUUCAGCACCUCCAAAUUUUGUUCGUCUCCCUUGCACUAGGAUUCAGUGUUGUUACUGCAGCCACUGAGCCUAAGUUGAAUGUAUUUGUGCAUGGGACAAAACGUAUAAUUCCAAAAACUUGGACUCUGAUUCUAAUUUUUGUGUGCUGGUUUAACUUGCUCUCCACAUUUAGGCCUGAACUUGAGUAAAUUAAUGGUGUGUACCGAAUGUAACACAGUUUGCUUUUGUAUCUCUUUUUCUGUCUCUGAAUCUAUUCUUUCUUUCCUUUUCCAUUCAUCUACUGUACCUGACAUCACAAAAAUCCAGAUUAUUUGGCUGUUAUCACGUUGCAAUUUUUGGAAUCUUUGUGUGUGCAAAUUGACUGCCAUUUUCCUACGUCUUGCUCUUUGGAAUCUCACAAAAUUAAAUGUAAUUAAUUCACUCAUUGCCAAUCAAUGGACUUAGUCAUGAUGACAAUUAAAAAGUGAUGCUAAA